AUGGAUACGUUUCUUGCACCAUUCGAGCACGCCGUUCUCAACCACGUCUACCAUGCUCUACGAGUUGGCAUCGACAAUGGCCCUUGCCACCAUCUUGGCCAAAACUCUUCAGCAACCCGACCUGGUCUAGCCAUGGCCUUCGUGCAGGAAGCUUGCCUUUCGCUUGGCCAUUCCCCUUUCUGGCAAUCAGACAGCAUCGCGCGGCAGUUCACGAGCGCCUUUCUGUAUUUAUUGACCGCAACCACGUUCUCGUAUCUCUUUUUCGGCAUCGUCUUCUAUCAACUCAACUUUGAUGUGGCGUCUGCGCGAGACCACAAGUUCAAGCCUGGGCAGAUACGAGGCGAAAUCAGCCAGUCGCUUCUCGCCAUCUUGUUCAUGAGCUUCCUGACGGCGCCGAUUGUCCUGGCACAGGCUCAUGGGUACUCCAAGAUAUACCCGUUUGGCAAAGCCCCGAUGUGGUACGAAGGUUUGCAGAUGAUCUUGUUUGUGGGCUUCAACGACACGUGUGUGUACUGGCUGCAUAGACUGUUCCACGUACCUGUCUUGUUCAGAUGGAUACACAAGAAGCAUCACCAGUACGUCGACACUGCUUGCACCGAGAUACACUCUGCUAAUGUAAAUAGAUACAUAACACCAACUCCAUUCUCCGCAUUUGCCUUUGAUCCGCUUGAAGCAAUGAUUAUGAGCCUGCCGAUUUACUCGUUCAGUUUCCUCAUGCCCAUGUCGAAUGUGAUGCAGCUCUUUGUUUUCUCGGCAGCCUAUAUAUGGACAUUUCUUCUGCACGACGACCGUACGCAGUUUCACACGGUGCACCACAAAAAUACAAACUACAACUUUGGCCAGUACACGACGCUCUGGGAUCACUGGGCCGGGACGUCUGUGGAUGCCGAUGCUUUUCUGGCCCAGGCUCAGUAUCAACACAAAGAGAAAAGUUGA